AUGGGUGUACCAUCAUUCUACAGGUGGUUAAUCGAGAGGUAUCCGUUGAUUUUGCAAGAUGUCAUCGAGGAAGAGCCGCUCGAAAUCGGCGGCGGCGCCACGGUCCCCGUCGAUACUAGCAAACCGAAUCCUAACGGCUUCGAGUAUGACAAUUUUUAUCUCGACAUGAACGGAAUCAUUCAUCCAUGCUUCCAUCCCGAAGACAGGCCUUCUCCGACGACGUUUUCCGAGGUGUAUCAAUGCAUGUUCGAUUACUUAGACAGACUUUUUGUCAUGGUUCGACCCCGGAAGCUGUUAUACUUAGCUAUUGACGGUGUUGCUCCAAGGGCGAAAAUGAAUCAACAGAGAUCCAGACGGUUUAGAGCUGCAAAGGAUGCAGCAGAAGCAGCAGCUGAAGAAGAGCGGCUGCGGGAAGAGUUUGAGAGUGAAGGGAAGAGAUUGCCUCCUAAAGUGGACUCUCAAGUUUUUGACUCUAAUGUUAUAACUCCUGGGACAUCCUUCAUGUCUACUCUGUCAAUUGCGUUGCAGUACUACAUUCACGUUAGGCUAAAUUCUGAUCCUGGGUGGAAAAAGAUUAAGGUUAUCCUCUCAGAUGCUAAUGUUCCUGGUGAGGGGGAACACAAGAUCAUGUCAUACAUACGUCUUCAAAAGAACCAUCCUGGUUACAACCCAAACACUUGCCAUUGUCUGUAUGGUUUGGACGCAGAUUUGAUCAUGCUGGCUUUGGCCACCCACGAAGUUCAUAUAUCAAUCCUUCGUGAGGUUGUUUUCACUCCUGGAGAACAAGACAAAUGCUUCUUGUGCGGCCAGGUUGGGCACCGAGCAGCAGAUUGUGAGGGGAAGGUAAAGAGGAAGGCAGGCGAAAUGCUUGAUAAGAGUGAGGCAAAUGUCGUAGCUAAGAAACCAUACCAGUUCGUAAAUAUCUGGACGCUUCGAGAGUAUUUGGAGCAUGACAUGCAGAUACCUAACUCGCGGUUGCAAAAGAGCUUAGACCGCAUAAUUGAUGACUUCAUCUUCAUCUGUUUUUUCGUUGGGAAUGAUUUCCUGCCACAUAUGCCUACGCUAGAGAUACGGGAGGGUGCUAUAGAAUUACUGAUGUCUGUGUACAAGAAGGAAUUUGGAUCAAUAGCAAGUUACUUAAGCAAUGGAAGCAAGCUGGACUUAAAAAAUGUGGAGCAUUUUAUCCAGUCCGUUGGGCUAUUUGAAAAUAAUAUAUUUCAGAGGAGAGCACAAACUCAUCAGAGGCAAUCAGAAAGGUUUGGUCGUGAAUCUCGUGAUAGAGCUCAAUCAAGCAGAAGACAUAAUAGUGGCCAGGUUGUGCAACUAGAUUCUGUAGCUGAAGAGUCUGAUUCCUUACCUCCACAAAAACUUUUGCGUCUGUCUAUGGAUGAUAGCGUUGGUGUAGUGGAUGUUGAAACAGAAAAUAGCAUCAACGAAGAAGAACUAGAUAACAAAGAAGAAUUGAAGUUUAAGCUUAAAAAACUGCUGCGGGAGAAAUCUGAUGGGUUCAGCACAGGAAAAAGCGAAGAAGAUAAGGUUAAGCUAGGUGUACAAGGAUGGAGAGAGAGAUACUAUGAGGAGAAAUUCACAGCUAAGUCUAUAGAGGAAAUGGAACAAAUACGCAGAGAUGUUGUUUUGAAGUAUACAGAAGGCCUUUGUUGGAUAAUGCAUUACUAUUAUCAUGGUGUUUGUUCCUGGAACUGGUUUUAUCCGUAUCAUUAUGCACCGUUCGCAUCUGAUCUUAAGUUCCUUGAUAAGCUAGAGAUUAAGUUCGAACUAGGUUCCCCUUUUAAACCAUUUAAUCAGCUUCUGGCAGUUCUUCCAUCUGCAAGUGCACAUGCUCUCCCAGACUGCUUUAGGACAUUGAUGACAGAUCCAGAUUCACCUAUAGCUGAUUUUUAUCCUUCAGAUUUUGAGAUUGACAUGAAUGGAAAGCGCUAUUCUUGGCAGGGUAUAGCAAAACUGCCUUUUAUUGAAGAAGGGCGUCUUCUGGAUGCAGCCGCACAAGCAGAGCACUCACUGACGAAGGAGGAAAUUCGAAGAAACAGUUUCUUGUGUGACAUGCUCUUUGUAGUUGCAUCUCAUCCCCUUGCUGAGCUCAUCCGUUCUCUUAAUAGCCGAACCCUCAAACUGAGGAGUGAAGAACGAGGAUCAGUUACGGAAAUUGUUGACCCUGUACUAAGUGAAGGGAUGAAUGGUUACUUAGCUUCAUGUGGUGGAGAUAGUCAGCCUCCUUGCUUCCCUUCCCCGAUCGAUGGCAUGGAGGAUGUUUUAGCCAAUCAAGUCAUUUGUGCCAUAUACAAACUUCCAGAAGAUGUUAGAGGCAGCGACAUUGCUCGUCCCCCUCCAGGAGUGGUGCUCCCUAAAAAGACUAUACAGCUAGCGGAUUUGAAAGGUGGGGCUAGUCUAUGGCAUGAAGAUGGUGACAGAAGACGAGCUCCUGCAAAGAUAAUAAAAAUCAAGAGGUUUAAUCCACAAGGAUCCAUUUCUGGGGAUAGACUUGGGAUGGCAGCACACAGACUUGUGCUACAAACUAUAAGUUCCCUGCCCGGUAAUUCGCACAUUAACUCAGAGGAAGCAGCAUUGUGUCCAAAUACUGUUUUCCAGAACAGUCAAGUGUCGAAAAAUGUCUCAUUACCAGUCCGAGGUAAUGUGGUACGGAAGAUACAACCUCAGAGUGAACAAACCUGGAAGAAGAAGAAGGAACACAGAAGCCUUCAAACUAAAAUCUCUGCCAAGCCUCAGAAUUUUCAAUUUCACGAAAAACAGUUGUUCACUCCUCCUCAUGACCCUUCUUAUUUCCUAUAUCAGAUAUCGGUGAAGUUUGUCAAUAAGAUAGUCGCAGAGAUGUCUCUGAGUGAUAAGCUUAACAAUUUCAAAAAGCAGCAAGUAAAAUGCCAAUCGACGCUUUCGAGCAUUGCUUCUUCAAGAGCUGCUGCACCUCCUUUGAGGCGGCCCGUGCCUGCCGCAAUAACUCAGAAGCCUAAGCCUCCCGAUGGUGCCAAGUUUUCAAACGACACCGAGCGGCUUCAGCUCAUUAACAGCAUCAGAAAAUCUCCUGUUGGAGCUCAGAUCAAGCGUGUCAUUGAUCUCCUCUUCGAGACAAGGCAAGCCUUUACGCCGGAGCUGAUAAACGAAGCGUGUCAUGUGGAUAUGAAAGCCAAUAAGGCUGUUUUUGAUAGUAUGAGGAAAAACCCAAAAGCGCAUUACGACGGAAGAAGGUUCUCUUACAAGGCUGAGCACAAUGUCAAUGACAAGAGCCAGCUUCUUUCCUUGAUAUAUAAGAAUCCUGAUGGCAUUGCCGUGAUUGAUCUCAAAGACGCUUACCCUAAUGUCAUGGAGGAUUUGCAGGCCCUUAAAGCUUCAGAAGACAUCUGGUUGCUAUCAAACUCACAAGAAGACAUUGCGUAUCCAAAUGAUUUCAAGUGCGAGAUUAAGGUUCAUGACGACUUUAAAGCUCUGUACCGUGACACGGACGCCCCAAGCGACAUGAUGGACGUGGAGAAGGAGCUGCUCAAGAAUGGUUUGAAGGCGGCGACAGACACUGCGGCGAGGAGAGCUGCUGCGCAGAUGCAGGGGAUACCCAUGAACAAACCCAAGAGUAAGAAGAAGAAGAAACAGGAGAUCAGCAAGAGAACUAAACUCACCAAUGCCCAUCUUCCCGAGCUCUUCCAGAGCCUUAACGCCACUAGUUCCCGGAACUGA